GAAGAAGGGGCUUGAGUUAUCAGCACCUCGAACAUCUUAACGUCAUCGUAUACACUUGGGAAGCAAGAAGAAGCUCGGAGGGUGGGUAGUCUAUUCGUGGGGAGCAAGAAGCUGAACCUUGGUAGAUGGCUAGUAUAAGAGCGACCGCGGCAAGGAUCUCUCGGCCCUCGUGGUCGGCUGUCGCGGUGACCGUGACGAGGAGGAUGGAGGGCAUCGGUGGCAGCCGCCCCGCGCCACGCUACUUCGGUGACAGCAUCCGCUCCGGCAAGGUUCUCAGCGAGGAGGAGCGCGCCGCCGAGAACGUCUACAUACAGAAGAUGGAGAGGGAGAAACUGGAAAAGCUGAGGAGGAAAGCGGACCAGGAGAGGGCCGACGCGGCUAAGAGGGCGGCCGCCGGCAAAGGGGACAAGAAGGAUGAGGGGCCUCGUCCGAACUGAUUACUCUGAUCAAUCACAUCCUCUGUUGGUGGCGCUGGUGUUGUAUGUGUUGCAAAUGUAGUGUUUUGAUUUCUUCUUUU